UGGAACUCAGCAUCUUCAUCCUCUCUCCACGUCGUGUCGAGUCCUGCUCUUGCCUUCCCAGCAGCAGCAUCUCAAGCUUCGUUGCCCAAGAUGGCGUUGAAACAGAACGGAGGGGCUCACCUCGUCGCUGACAUCGACUUUAUCGAGACCCCCGAACCUCCCGCCGAGACGAUCGUUACUGGCAAGGACUGCGGCGUCCGCUUGACCAAGUCUCCCGCCAUCAAGAACGCCCCGCUGCCCGCCGACGGUCCCGGAUAUGAACAAUGGUCCAACGUCCUCCUCUUCGGCGCCCUCGUGGGCAUCCCGACCUGGCUGUCGUGGAAGGUUGGAGGAGGCCUGAAGACGACCCUCUUCUUCAGCCUGUUCACCUCCAUCCCCAUCCUCAUCGUCAUCUGGACCGUCAUGUCCAAGCUGAGCCCCCGCAUCAACGACAAGGUGGAGCUUCCCGGCCGUCCCGUCGAGUUCUACCUCAACUUCAAGAGCGACCUACACCGUGCCCGAUGGAAUGGAAGACACAAGAUCCCCAUGAACACCUUCUUUGAGCUGUACUUUACGGGCCAGGUCGACCUCAACGCCGAUGCUCUCGAGGUCUUCGAGUACCGUCACGAGUGGGCUACCUUCAACUUCACGUCCGAGACCUUCCGCUACCUCCUGUUCGGCUUCUUCCCCGACGUCAUUCUCCACCUCCGCUCGCAGGAUGAGGCCCAGGUCGGCACCAACUACAACCACGGCAAUGACCACUACGCCUGGUUCUUGGGUCCCCGCAUGAUCUACACGUCGGGCAUCAUCUCCGACCCCACCCGAGAGGAGACUCUCGAGGAGAUGCAGGACAACAAGCUGGCAAUUGUUUGCGAAAAGAUUGAUCUCAAGCAGGGCGAGACCGUCUUGGAUAUCGGCUGCGGUUGGGGAACCCUGGCCAAGUUCGCCAGUGUCAACUAUGGCGCCAAGGUCACCGGUGUCACUCUUGCAAGCAACCAGGCUCAAUGGGGUAACGACGGCCUUCGCAAGGCUGGCAUCCCCGAGGAACAGAGCAAGCUCCUCGUCUGCGACUACCGCGACAUCCCCGACGACACCAAGUUCAACAAGAUCACGCAGCUGGAGAUGGCCGAGCACGUUGGUGUCCGAAGACUCACCACCUUUUUCCGACAGUGCUACGAGAUGCUCGAGGAUGACGGCUCCAUGUACGUCCAGCUGUCGGGCCUGAGAAAGGCAUGGCAGUACGAGGACUUUAUCUGGGGACUGUUUCUGAACAAGUACAUCUUCCCCGGUGCCGACGCCUCCACGCCGCUCUCCUUCUACAUUGGCUGCCUCGAGGCUGCCGGAUUCGAGGUCAAGAGUGUUGACACUGUUGGCGUCCACUACUCUGGCACUCUCUGGCGAUGGUACAGGAACUGGCUCGGAAAUGCUGAAAAGGUCAAGGCCAAGUAUGGCGAGCGCUGGUUCAGGAUCUGGGAAAUCUUCCUGGCCUACUCGACCAUCGCCUCUCGACAGGGCUCCGCCACCUGCUUCCAGAUCGUCGUCGUCAAGAACCUCAACUCCACACACCGCGUCGAUGGCAUCCAAUCCCAGUACGGCCUCCAGGGCGCCCUGGCCGCUGCCAAGGCUGCUGGCAAGGCUUUCCUGCCAAAGUAA